AUGACAAACAAUAUCAACAAAGAAGACGACACUGAAACUGCGUUAGAUUACAUCCAGCGACAAGAGAAACUAGAGAAGGAUGCUCAAGACAUUCUUCCCGGAAACUUUGACAAAUGCACUUUUUCCUUGGGUUACAUCCGUCAGCCCCUUUAUGCGUGCAAAACUUGUACCGUAGAUCAAAACGAAGAGCCUGCUGGUAUGUGCUAUAGCUGUUCCAUUGCUUGUCAUGCCAGCCAUGAUUUGUUUGAGCUGUUUCCAAAGAGAGCUUUCAGAUGCGAUUGUGGUUUAUCAGGAAAAUUCGGUGGGCAUGCCUGCUCUCGAAUGGUGCCUGAAAAAUUAGAGUUUGCAGCAAAUGAAAAGAACCAAUACAACCACAACUUUAAUAAUCUAUACUGCCGAUGUAAUCAAACCUAUGAUCCCGAAAAAGAAGAGGAAACCAUGUAUCAGUGUAUUGUCUGUGAAGACUGGUAUCAUGAAAGAUGUAUCGGAAAUAUCCCCGAAGCCAUUGAUGAGUUUGAUUGUUACAUUUGCCGAGAUUGCACAAAGAAAUACCCCUUUUUGAUGAAUGGAAAGGAUGCCAAAUUCAGUUAUGGUCUGUCAAAGGGAGAUGAGCCUAUUCAACAGUGGAUAUUACCGGCAUCACAAGUGAAGGAUAUACAGCAGAAAGAGGACAGCACAGUAGCAGUUCCAGAGGCUACUACGGCGACAGAUGGUACUUCAAAUGCGGACACAGCAGCAGUGGCAAAUCAAGACACGGUUUCUUCAGAUCAAGGAGUGGCAACUCCCGGUGAAAAGAGAAAGCGUGAAGAGGAAGAGCCUACGAGCAACCAAAACAUCAUUGUCAAUGUGUUUAAGAAAGCGAAAUGCGAAUCGAAUUGCCAAAACGUGGAUGUAUCGCUUCUUCCAGAACACGAUCACAUCGAAGUGUUUUUACAGGAUGAUUGGAGACAAAGCCUAUGUAGAUGUGUCAAGUGUAUGGAGGAUUACAAAACGCAUCAAGUGGAAUAUCUUUUGGAGGAGGAACACACCGUGGAGCCUGAGAAUGACGAAGAUGCCGGAAAGUCUCUACUUGAAGUAGGCAUGGAACAGUUGCAGCGUAUGGACCGAGUACAAGCUAUAGAGAGCGUAAGAGCAUUUCAAACAUUAGCGUCAGAUUUAAAGCAAUUUUUUGGAAAAUUCAAGGAAGAAGGCAAGAUUGUUACAAAAGAGGAUGUUCAAGAGUAUUUUGAUGCUAAACGAAGAGAGAGACAGGAGCAGCAAUAA